AUGAUAUUUUUUACUUUUUUUUUAAUUUCUUAUGGUUUCAUCACAUAUGAUGAAGGGAAAUUCAGAGCAUUUCAAAUUGUCACCGGAGUAUUCUUAUGCUUCGAUAACAAAGAAAGAUCAAGAGAUAUUACAUUUAGAGACUCAUUUGAAAAUAUCCCUCAAAUUAUUUUGAUUCCAGAAUUAUUUGAUAUUCCUGGAACUAAGGUUGACUACAAUUUGGAAAUAACGCAAAUUACUUUAACUAAGUUUACUCUCAGAAUAAAAUGCUUUGGUGGAGUAGUUUAAGGAGUUCACUAUAAGUGGCUUGCAAUUGAUGAUGCAAGAGUCUAAGUUAUUAAUAAAUUUAAUAUAAGAAGUUUUGAGCAAAUAACUCUAGAUCAUCCCAACCCAAACGCUUUAAAAUGCUUAAUAUCUGUCAUUGCUUUUUCUUUUACAGGAGCUGUAAAUUUUGAAGUCAAAGUCUCUGAAUUAAACACUAAGAGCCUAACAAUUUAAAUAACAGGUCCAUAAAAUUAGCUAUAAUAUCUUACCUCUCUGAGCUACCAAAUAGUUUUAGGAAUUAAUGAAAUUUUUGAAUAAUACUAGUAGCAAGCAAUAAGUUUACCUUAUAUCAGCCCUUAAUUCACGUUAAUCUAAUGGUCAUGGUUCCUUUUGCCAUUUUAAGGAUUUUAACUCAAUGGAAUAAAUGCAACCCUAUUCAAAAAAGAAUAUGCUUUAGGCAGUAAUAGUCUGGCGUAUCAAUUUAAUGGCGGAAAUUUUUAAAGUGAUUAAACAACUUGCUGCUGUCUUCAAACUUCCAAGCAUAUACCAUAAUGGAUGAAAUUUUACGAUAUCACCGAUGCGACAUUUCUUGAAAUUGGUUCAGUUUUAAUUAAGUAGUUCUUUGAUAGCAAGGUUGAUUACAUCCAAUCCUUCAAAGUCAUAAUUGAAGGAGAUUAUUAAAUAGCAACAGAUUUAGGCAAAACAAGACUUAUCAUAGAUGAAACAGAUACAUAACCAAUUUUAAAUGUUCGUGCAAAAUGCACUAAUUAAGAAACUUUGAAAAUAAACCUAAAUUUUCAAAAUCCUAAUGAAAAUAGUAUUACAAAUCCGAUACUCCACAACUGCUAGGACUCCUACUAAGAAAUUAUAAUUUCCUUUUCCCUUAUACCUACUUAAGUAGCUUAUUAAGAUUUAAUAGUUGAUAUUUAAGAAACAGAAUGCUAAAUUUCACAAGUAUUAUUCAAUUAAAGGCAAAUUCGACGGCUUCUAUUUUUUAUUCAAAAAUAAUGA